UGAUCUGUCAAAACAUAUGGACGGCAUGGAUGUAAGGAAAAUGCAUCAAGGUGGGCCCCACAGUCAGGGAUCCACCCACUUUACCCUGGCAGGUACCUCCGCGAGGUACGCAAGUCUUUUCUGUCCCAGAGGACCUCUUUCUCACUCCCUAUUCUCAUUUCUUACCGGUGUGAUUAGAGGAGAUAGAGUAUGAUGGCCUCCCGCGAUGAAAGAAAAGGCGUCGAGGAUCAGAACCAGAUCAACGGUGGAGAAUAAGCUACGUGGCAUACAGGAUAUCUUUGGAGCAUGCGCUGGAGAUAAAAGAGAUUGGUCAUAUCUUCAAAGAGCCUUAGCGUUUACGCAAUUUCUGGAUGAGUAUGAGAAACCGUUAAGAUCACAUCAGUGCUGAAGCUCGCAAUGAGCAUUCAGCAAAGGGCAAAACAUGAUUGAGAAAAGAUUUUGGUAGAAGAGAACUCAUGUGUAAGGACACUGAUACUAAAUAGACCGCAGCAAUUGAAUGCUCUCUCAUAUCAAAUGCUUUAUCAGUUAAGGAAGCUUUUCAAUGUGUACGAAGAGGAUUCCGAUGUCAAGCUGGUGAUUGUGAAGGGGAAAGGAAGGGCGUUCUGUGCUGGUGGUGAUGUUCUAGCUGUGGCCCAUUUCGUAACCACUGGUCAUUGGAGUUUCGGUGCAAAAGUUGCUUGGGCUGAAUACAUCAUUAAUUAUAUAUUGGCAACAUACAGGAAAAUUCAGGUUUCAAUUCUUAAUGGAUUCGUCAUGGGAGGAGGGGCUGGACUUUCCAUACAUGGGAAGUUCCGAGUUGCCACAGAGAAUUCGGUUUUUGCCAUGCCAGAAACAGCACUGGGACAUUUCCCAGAUACGGGGGCUUCUUAUUUUCUGUCCAGGCUCCCUGGCUUUUUUGGUGAAUAUCUUGGUCUUACUGGUACAAGGUUGGAUGGUGCUGAAAUGCUUGCAUGUGGACUUGCAACACACUUUGUCUCUUCCAAGGGAUUGCCUUUGCUGGAAGCAGCACUAUUUAAGGUGGAUACAGCGGAUCCGAACAUUGUUUCUGCAAUUAUUGAUGAGUUUUCACAAUGUGCGCCAUUGAAAGAAAAAAGUGCUUGUUAUAGUGGUUGCAGAAUGGAUACUAUAGACAGGUGCUUCUCCAAGAGAACAGUUGAAGAAAUUUUAUCUGCACUUGAGAAAGAGGCUACAAAGGGACCCGAUGAGUGGAUCACCAAGACAAUUAAGUCACUGAAGAAGGCAUCUCCCAUAGGUCUUAAGGUUUCUCUUAGAUCGAUCAGAGAAGGAAGGUUGCAAAGCGUCGGUCAGUGCCUAAUCCGAGAGUACAGAAUUUGCUGCCACGUCUUCCGAGGAGAAGUCAGCAAGGAUUUCUUUGAGGGUUGCAGGGCUAUACUGUUGGACAAGGACAAAAACCCGAAGUGGGAACCUUCUAAGUUAGAGCUGGUUAAUGACGAGAUGGUGGAUCAGUAUUUCUCCAAGGUGGACGAUGAGGAAUGGAAAAAUUUAAAGCUUCCACUCAGAUCAGAUCUGGCUGUCUCAGCUAUAGCAAAGCUUUGAGUGGCUUUCUAUAUGAUGCUCCAACACGCAAUGCACUUUUGAUACUGUAACCAUCUGCAGUGGGGCCUUGGCCAUAGAUGAAAGAUUGGGUCUGGUGUAUGACGUUGGAUGGCUGAUUGCACUGCCAUCUUGUAAAGUUGGAGUUAUGUGGCACGAUUUGCUUUAUAAUUGAUUUUCCUAGUUUCAUGUAGCUGUUGUCAUGGGCGUGUAUCAUGGAUGAAUUUAAGAAGUUUGUUCCUCUCCACAAAAUUACCUCUGAAAUACUCUCAUACAAAUGAAGGUUGUAUUGUUUGUACAUGUCUGUAUAAUGGUGCUUGAUACCUUGUUUCUGUUGGGUGGUCAGGUUGGUCUAGUUCCAACCAGAUGGAAAUAAAAAUGUAUUUAAGGUGGGCCGCUA